AUGCUGGUAAGUUUUUACCAGGAGAGCCGUGGAUUAACAGUGCACUUGAACACCCAAAGCUGGAAUGACCAGCAGCAGUGGAUCUUCCAGGUUCGCGUGACACUCACGAACAUCUUUGUCCUGGGCGACCUACGGGAUGUCUCGCCCACUAUGCAUUGCGUUACCCACUGUGCGUUACAUGAUGGCCUAGCUGUGGCAAGCGAUCUCUACAACGCAAGACCUGACAUGGCAUUUCACCGAGCAACCAGGCUAGACAGGGUUACCCGUUUCUUAUUGGCCUGUGAGAGGAAGGACUACGACAAGCUCAAGCCUGGACUCGACAAGUUCAAUGCGAUUCACUGUCCUGGCUUCGAGCCCGUCAUGGAGAUCAAAGAUUUGCAAAAGCAGUUGGACAAAGGUGGUUAUGUCGAUAUGAGGAGGCUGCUCGCAGAGAAUGCUGAGCCGAAGGAGAAGCUCACGCAACAGGCCCAAAAAGAUCCAAUCGAAGAUGUUGCCGAUGCCAAGGACCACCAACUAGAAUCCGAGCUCAGCCUGGCAGCAACAAUGGUCGAAGAUCUCACAGCGAAGAAUGCGAAGCAUCGCGAGGACGUCAAGGAUCUCGCAGCCAUUCGAUGUCAGAAGUGCCAGGCGAAGAUACGGAUUGUUCUAUGUACAGACAUCAUGAUGGUUGUGGUGUGCAAGUGUGACUCGAAGUUGUAG